AUGACGUCUUUGGACAUACGCCAGCAAAAAUUAGAGCAACAAAGGCAGAUUAUUGCGCAAAAAAUGAGACAGAAAAGGCAAACUGGAGCCGCUGGUAUGGUCCAGGCUUCGGCUAUACCUGGUGCUACUUUUAUUAGUCCUACUGGGAAGUGGGUCGCUCCUGCUAAUGACAUUCAUGUUUUUGAUGGAUCAAUGCAAUACACAAUGUCACCAACAAAAAGCAAUAAAAAUCUCAGUGACAUUAAAACUCCGACUGUCGAAUUGCAACACACGGACAAUGUGUUUGACGAAGCUUUAGAGACUAGGGACUGCGUUGACGAAGAAUCUUCACCGCUGGACACUCGAUUAGGUGGUGAGCCGAUUUCCCUGAGGUCUACGCUUCCAGUUGCUCCUUCGGAUCCGGAUGCUGUUAUCGUUAACCGUGAAAAUAACUCAAAUAGCCCGGAGUUGGAAGGAAAUGUUGAAGGUAAUAUUGAGCAAUUUGUACUACAGCCGGCAAAUAAAAAAAUGCAUUACAAAUGUCGGAUUACAAGAGAUCGUAAAGGUAUGGAUCGUGGAUUUUAUCCCACGUAUUUUUUACAUCUCGAACGUGAUUAUGGUAAAAAGGUAUUUUUACUGGCGGCGAGAAAACGUAAAAAAAGUAAAACAAGUAAUUACUUAAUAUCUACGGACCCAACGGAUUUAUCCCGUGACGCAGAGUCAUUCGUCGGUAAGCUGCGGUCGAAUUUGAUUGGCACACAAUUCACAGUCUACGACAAUGGAUACUCACUAAUGAAGGAUGAUAAAAAGCACAAUGAAAGAGCUAAUCCGCGGCAAGAAUUGGCAGCUGUUGUCUAUGAUACUAAUGUACUAGGUUUCAAAGGUCCUAGAAAAAUGACUGUCAUCAUUCCUGGAAUGACACCUGAUCAAAAACGAAUAUCUAUUUGUCCUCGUGAUGAUUCUGAAACACUUUUAGAAAGUUGGAAGAUGAAAAAUAUGGAUAAUUUAAUUGAGUUACAUAAUAAAACUCCAGUAUGGAAUGAUGAUACGCAAUCAUAUGUUCUUAAUUUCCACGGAAGAGUUACACAAGCUUCUGUUAAAAAUUUUCAAGUUGUACACGAUACUGACACGGAUUACGUUGUAAUGCAGUUUGGACGUGUCGCUGAAGAUGUAUUUACAAUGGAUUAUCGUUUUCCAUUAUGUGCAUUGCAGGCUUUUGCUAUCGCACUGAGUAGUUUUGAUGGUAAACUUGCAUGUGAAUGA